UUUUUGAUUUUAGGGAAGUGAUCGAUCAUAAAAUGGAGGAAGAAAUAGUUGGUUAUGAGCAAAGAAGAAGAAAUAAAAGAAAAGCUUUUGUAGUUUUUCUGAUUGCUUUUGUAGUGUUUCCUGUGGUGUUAGGGUUUGUUGUUUACAAAGUGAGAUUAGUACUAAUUAAUAAUAUUAAUCAUAAUAAUGAUGUGAUCAUUAAUGAUAAUAUUGAUGAUCAAUGGGGUUUGGUAGAUUUGGCUUAUGAAAACUCUACCAAUGGUGGUGUGAUUAUUUACACAUGCACCACUGGUGGUUGGGUAAAACGAGUUCGCCUUAGCGACGCCUCGCGAGUGAGCGAGAAUUGGGUCAACACGGGCGGUACGCCGCUCGGUAUCGUUCUUGACUAUAACAACGACAAUCUUGUUUUUGUUACCGAUUCUCAAAAGGGGCUACUAAGCAUAACAAAAGACAAAGGUGAGAUGAAGAUAUUAACAGAUGAAGCUGAGGGUGUCAAGUUUAAGUUAACAGCAGGCUUAGAUGUGGCUGAUGAUGGUAUCAUUUACUUCACAGACUCUUCUUCUUCUUCUUCUUCUUCUCAAUUAUCUAAUGGAAGAUUACUCAGCUAUGAUCCACUCACUAACCAAACCCUAGUUCUUCUUACUAAUCUUUAUGCCAAUGGAGUUGGACUCUCACCCGACCAAUCUUAUCUCCACUUCUGUGAAACCCCAUUGAAAAGGUGUAUGAAAUAUUACAUAAAAGGAGAGAAAAAAGGAAGUGUUGAGACACUAAUGGAGAAAAGGCGUAAGAAGUAUUACAUAAAUAAAGCGAGUGUUGUUGAUCAGACAACAUUAAUGGAAACCACAACAGUUGAUGAUGAUGAUGAUGAUGAUGAUGAUGAUGAUUAUGAGUACAUGUCUGAAGAUUAUUUCAUUACAAUGGAGAAAGCCCUUACUCGAGUCCAUUCUCCACGGAAGAAGCUUCCCAAUAUUGAGAUUAAUUCUCACUAAAGACACAUUAUAUUUAAUCGACUGGAAUCGAUAAGAGGGAUAACUUGAAGAUUACCUGAUUUUUGUGUUAGUUAACUAAAAUUACCGGCAAACUAUAUUCAUCUAAAUUAUACUCAUUUUUAUAAUAAGGAGAUUUUUCAAUAUCUUCUCACAUUAGCGUUAAAGAUUGAAAAUUAAAUCCUACUAUUUCGGGUUG